UGUUGUCUGGGAGAGCGGCAGAGGUGCUGUUGCAGAUUGGUUACAGGGAGAAACCCCUGGUCUCUUCCUAUUGGUCCGUCCAUCGAAGGGAGAUGCUGAUUGGUAGGACGGAGCAACCUGGAUGCUAGUUGGCGGAGCCCUCUCCGGAUGGAACCUCCGGCCGGGGAGUGAUGGUGGCGGCAGCGAAGAUGGGCCGGGCAGGGACGAUGGAGAGUCCGGCAGCGUCUUCUCUUGAGGGAGCAAUUUGGAGAAGAGCUGGAACCCAGACUCGCGCCCUGGAUGCCAUCCUUUAUCAUCCACAGCAUUCCCAUCUGGUUGGGAGCACUGCUCUGGGUCUCACACUGCCCCUCCUCUUCCCUAGGGAGCCUGAGACCCAGGGGAGGAAAGAUCCAGCUUGGGGGCUUCGAGAGCUGUGCCCAGGAGUGAACAACCAGCCCUACCUCUGUGAGAGUGGCCACUGCUGCGGGGAGACUGGCUGCUGCACCUACUACUAUGAGCUCUGGUGGUUCUGGCUACUCUGGACUGUCCUCAUCCUCUUUAGCUGCUGUUGCGCCUUCCGCCACCGACGAGCUAAACUUCGGCUGCAACAGCAGCAGCGGCAGCGUGAGAUCAACUUGUUGGCCUACCACGGGGCGUGCCACGGCGCUGGGCCAGUCCCUUCGGGUUCACUGCUUGACCUUCGCCUCCUCAGCGCCUUCAAACCCCCAGCCUAUGAAGAUGUGGUUCACCGUCCGGGCACACCGCCACCUCCUUAUACUGUGGUCCCAGGCCGCCCCUUGACUGCUUCCGGAGAAUGCACCUGCCGCUCCUCUGCAUCCAGCUGCCCUGCCCACUGCGAGAGGACAAACGUGGAAGGUGUUUCCUCCCACCAGAGUGCCCCCCCUCUUCAGGAGGGUGAGCCUGGGGCAGGCGUGAGCCCGGCCCAUACGCCCCCCUCCUGCCGCUAUCGUCGCCUGACUGGGGACUCCGGGAUAGAGCUCUGCCCUUGUCCUGACUCCAGCGAGGGCGAGCCACUCAAGGAGGGGAGGGCUAGUGGUACCCCAUCAGAUCUGGAGGACCACUCCCCUUGUGCACUACCCCCAGAUAGCAUACCCCAGGUCUCUCCCAUGGGGCUGGCGUCCAGUGAAGGGGACAUCCCGUGAACAGUUUUGGGAGGGUAUGUGGUUACUUGCCCACCAGAAAACAGUCCUGGUCCCAACUCUUUUAAGUUCUCCUUGGCCCCUACCUGCCUUCUUAGAAUCUGCCUCAAAGAGCUGGAGCCCUGAGAGGGGCAGUGUUGGGGGACUGUGCUAGCUCCACCCCCUCUUCCCCAAAACAUACACAGGAGCCUUUGAUCUCAUUAAAGAGAUGUGAACCA